UUUUACCACAGGAGUGAUCUGUCUAAUAGUUGGGCUUAUAUGUUCAUGGGGGUUAAAAGUAAACAUUUUUUUUCUUUGUUUUGUUUGGUUGCCUUUAGAUGGGAAAAUAGUCCCUGAGUACAUGCGGCGGAGCGAGGACCUACAUGAAAUAGACAUCACGCACCCUUUGCGGUUGCUCGUACGGCAGUGUCUCGAGGAUGACCCUAAGGUCCGUCCCACAGCCCAUCAGUUGGUGAACGAAUUGAUGGAACACAAAAACAACAAUGAAUUUCAAAGAUGGCAGGACAGCAUCAAUCGCACACAUACUAUUCAUCACAUGCCUGGUGGGAACUAUGACUACGAGUUCAAAAUUGUGGUGGUGGGAGAUGCUGCAGUAGGGAAGACCAGCAUCAUCAAAAGGUUCGUCCGACCUGGUCUUGACUUUCAAGAAAGAAGACCAGGGACUCUUAAUAUUGGAGAAUUCAACGAGCGAGUUCAACUUAAGGGCAAGACAGUUUUCCUUCAGAUAGUGGACACACCGGGGCAGAUGAAAGUUACAAGCACCUUUCCACAGUUCUAUCGUGGUGCCCAUGGUGCGGCUGUUGUGUUUGAUGUUGCAUCGUGGGAUUCCUUGGGGAGUGUUGGUCAGUGGGUGUCUAUGGUGCGUAAGAAGUGUGACAGAGACAUUCCUAUUAUCCUUGUAGGAAACAAAACAGACUGUGAACAAAGGGUGGUCGAUGCUGAAACGGUAAAGGAGCAGUUCAACUUGUUUUACAUCGAGGUUAGUGCGAAAACUGGAGAAAAUAUCGAAGAGAUGUUUUCUGUGCUGACAGAGCAAUUGAUGGAGCAGAAAGACUUGCGGAUUUCUGCUGCUUCGGCCUCUGUCGUUGUUGAACAUCAGUUAUCUUCUUCUUCAUGGUGUCCUGGACCUCCUGCCAAGUUCACUUCAAAAGAGCCAUGCCAGCGAAUGAAAAUCAAGAAUGAUCCAGACAGUAUCAGCUUGAUAUCUAGUAAUGUAGACAAUUCGUUAACAAGAAAUCCAGCUGGCAGAAACAGAAAGUUAUGCUGUUUUUGAUAUGUAAGAGUACACCCCUUACACUUGAUUAAGCCUGGAAAUGUUAUGGGAGACUAUAUAUGGCCAACUAUAAAGCACCAGACAGAGUUGGCUUGUAAUCAAUGGAAAGCUUUACAUGACGGUGGCUGCAUUGUCAUCAAGACAAUCCUUUAGUUUGUUCCAAUGCCCGCCCUGUUUCUGUAUUCGACAGUACAUAUUUUCUAAGAGUAAUUUCAAGACAUUUAUCAAGUUAUUUGUUGUUCUAGUAUGGUAAAUUGCCAUAUUUUCCUUUUGUUUAAUAUUCUUUGCCCUUCUCUACACAAUCUG